AUGGCAGAGCCCUUUAAUUUUGAGAAAAAUGAAAGCAAGCUUGCACUACCCAGUUCUUUAAGAAGUCCCGGAGGACAUCCGAAUCAUCCUAAUUUCAGAUUGAAAAGUCCAGAGAGUGGAAACAAAAUAAACAGUUUUUUGCUUUGUGAACAAACCAAAUCAUAUUUGGCUAGUCAGGAAGAUAUUUCAGUAUCUUCAAGCCCUAAUGGCAUCAUUGGAGAAGUGGUUGGAUCCAAAGGAGACAGGAAGACGUUGCUCACAGGAAAUCCAGUGUUACCAUUAAAUGCUGGGAAUAUUUCACCACCCAAAAACAUAAAUGCUAAGCCUAACAAUAAUGUGCCUCCUGCAAAGUCAAAAAAAGUACACAAGUUGGUUGAGAAUUCCUUAUCUAUAAACAACCCAGCACUCUUCAACUCCCUAGGACCUCCUCUCCGGUCCACAACUUGCCAUCGCUGUGGCCUGUUUGGAUCACUGAGAUGCUCACAGUGCAAGCAGACGUACUAUUGCUCCAUAGCAUGUCAGAGGAGAGACUGGUCAUCUCACAGCAUCGUGUGCAAACCUGUGCAGCAAAAUUUCCACAAACCUGAAGACAAUAAUUCACCUUUUGAAAUAAACAACAUGGAAGUGAAAAAUGAGAAUGACUAUCCAAUUGGGAUUACUAAAGAGAUCACCCUUUGUACUGAAAAAAUCAUGUUUUCAGACCUGAGAAGUCUACAGCUCAGGAAAUCCAUGGAAAUAAAGGGUACAAUUACUGAAUUCAAGCACCCAAGUGACUUUUAUGUGCAGUUAUAUUCUUCUGAAGUUUUAGAAUACAUGAACCAGCUUUCCACCCGCUUAAAAGAAACCUAUGCCAAUCUGCUGGAGGAGGAAGAUUACAUCCCUGUGAAGGGGGAGGUCUGCGUUGCCAAGUAUACUGUGGAUCAGAGCUGGAACAGAGUCAUCAUACAGGAUGUGGAUAUGGUGCAGAAGAAGGCCCAGGUGCUGUAUAUUGAUUACGGGAAUGAAGAAGUUCUCCCAGUGAACAGAAUCCACCAACUCAACAGAAACAUGGACUUGUUUCCUCCUUGUGCCAUAAAGUGCUUUGUGGCCAACGUUGUCCCGGCUGAGGGGAAUUGGAGCAACGAUUGUAUCCAAACCAUCAAGCCGCUGCUAUUGGACCAGUACUGCUCCAUCAAGAUCGUGGACAUCUUAGGAGAGCACGUGCUUGCCUUUGCUGUAGACUUUAAGUUACCAAGUUCAGGAAAACCCUUUGACCAUGUACUUGUGGACAUGGGAUAUGGCUUGCAACCCAAGAAGCAAAGUGCUGAUCAAAAUGAUUCUGAAGAUGCUGGAAAAAUGACAGCUGAAGACAGAAUUGUUGUAGACAGCAAUGACUUAAUCCCCAAAGUGUUAACUCUGAACGUUGGGGAGGAGUUUUGUGGUGUGGUGGCCCACAUUCAGACUCCAGAAGACUUCUUUUGUCAGCAACUACAAAGUGGCCAUAAGCUUGCUGAACUUCAGACAUCCCUGUGUGAGUACUGCAGUCGAGCGUCUCCACGCUUUGAUUUUUUCCCAUCCAUUGGUGAUAUCUGUUGUGCUCAGUUCUCAGGAGUAAAGCCAUCAUUAGGAAUUUGGACUCCCGAAGCCAUUUGUCUGAUGAAGAAAAUUGUACAGAACAAAAUGAUCACAGUAAAAGUGGUGGACAAGUUGGAAAAUAGUUCUCUGGUAGAGCUGGUGGAUAAGUCUGUAAUGCCUAGCAUCAGUGUCACUAAAGUGCUCAUAGAAGCAGGCUUUGCCGUGGGAGAAAAGGAAACAGUGACAACUAAAGCCAGCAGCCUGAAAGUCGAUUGUGUUCCUUUGAGCAUCGAAUCAGCAAAUCCGUUGGAGUGGACAUGGGUUGAACUUGCUGUUGACCAAACAGCAGAUGUUGAGGUCUGUGUGAUAUAUAGUCCUGGAGAAUUCUAUUGCCAUGUGCUUAAAGAGGAUGCUUUAAGUAAACUCAAUGAUUUGAACAAAUCACUGGCGGAACAUUGCCAGCAGAAGUUGCCCAAUGAUUUUAAGGCAGAAAUGGGACAACCUUGUUGUGCUUUUUUUGCAGAUAUACAGCCUAAGAAACAAUAUUGGACGAAAGAAGCCACAGCAAGAUUUCAGAUGUGCGUCACAGGGAUAAAACUCCAAGCCAGAGUGGUGGAAAUCACUGAAAAUGGGGUGGGGCUCGAACUCACCGAUCUUUCUACUUCUUAUCCCAGAAUAAUCAGUGAUGUUCUGGCUGGUGACGAUGUGGUUUUAACAGUUAGCUCACCACUCAAAGACUUAUUACCAAGUAACACACCUGUUAAUAAAUACAAUCUUCAAGUUGUUGCCCUGGGGCCUCAAGACACCUCUGUAGCAGGGCAGUGGAAGACGAUAGAGUUGGCAGUUAAUAAAGUGGUACAAGCAAACAUCCUGGAAAUCAUCAGCCCAAACUUGUUUUAUGCUUUACCGAAUGAGAUGCCAGAAGAUCAGGAAAAACUCUGUAUGAUGACAGUUGAAUUGUUAGAAUAUUGCAAUGCUCAGAGAAGCCCACCAGCCUAUAGUCCAAGAACUGGAGAUGCGUGCUGUGCCAAAUACACAAGUGAUGAUCUCUGGUACCGGGCCAUUGUUCUGGGGACAUUGGACGAUGCGCAGGUGAAAGUGCUGUAUGCGGACUAUGGAAAUAUGGAAACUCUGCCUCUUUGCAGAAUACGGCCAAUCACCGCCAGCCUCCUGGAGCUUCCUUUCCAGAUUAUUAAAUGCUCACUCGAAGGACUGAUGGAAUUGAAUGGCAGCUGUUCUAGGUUAAUAAUAGAGCUGUUAAAAAAUUUUAUGUUGAAUCAGAAUGUCAUGAUUUCUAUCAAAGGAAUUAAUAAGAAUGUCCAUACAGUGUCUGUUGAGAAAUGUUCAGAGAAUGGUCCUGUUAACAUAGCUGAUAAGCUGGUGCACGGUCUGGCAAAAAACAUCACAUCGAAGCAGCAAGGUACUUUUAAUUUAGAGAAGAUGUGCAAGACAGAUUGCUGCUGUACCGAGUUACAGAAACAAGUUGAGAAACAUGAACAGAUUCUUCUCUUUCUCUUAAACAGUUCAACCAGUGAAAAUAAAUUUAUUCAAAUGAGAAAACUGUUAAAAAGUUAA